AUGUCUAUGCUAACGUUCUGUCUGAACUGUGCUUCAUAUACCGAACAACUAGAAGUUUGUGUCUUCUGUGAGCUAAGCCAGAAACAAUCAGCACUGAAGACCACUGAGACAUCAUCAGACCCCAUGUUUCGCUUGUCGAAUAAUCUAAAAACGUUUCCUAUCCGAUGGCAAUGUGCGGAUCGCGACAAGAGACUUAUCGAGCAAUGGGUACACAGGAAAUCUGGAAAUUCAGAUGACCAUAAAUGGAAACGAGGGUGUGAACACUUGAAAUCUCGUGUUUCUUACUGCAGCCUGAGAACUGGAGAUGAGCAUUGUGGAUUUAAUGCGAAGGCGUUGGUGGAUAUUCCGAGACAUGGCAGUGCUCUUAGACUGGCCACUAUGAAUCUCGUAUUCAAAAUACUUAGUGCUGAAGUAGAGAAGAAAAUCAAAUGUCAAAGGAGGAAAAAUCAAAUUUCAAAGGCUAUUGGCUUUUUAAAAAGGAAGAUUCGGCGAUACUUGAUGAACUUGGAUCCUAAACCCUCGGACGUCCAGAAUUCAAUAGAAAACCUGAAAAUUGAAUGGAAUGAAUGCUUGGCCAACUGCUCUUGUCCUGAUGUAUGGAAUUCUGGAAAUGGAUCAUCUAGAAGAAAGCUUGGAGAAUUUCUGAAGUCCAAUUCCAAUAAAUGCCCAACAAUAGGAAUGAUGGAUGAAGAUGAUUUAUCAGAUCUACAUUUGUUUUUUUUUCUAUUAAACAUUCUUUGA